AUGAUACCCAUUUUGAAUGAUCCAAAACAGUAUGGCAUUGAAACGGACAUUGCUUUUGAUGUGGUUUGUCCCAGCAUUCCUGGCUAUGGGUUCUCGGAUGCGGCUUCGAAGAAAGGUAAAAUACGGUGAAAAUAUCCUUCUGUUUUUAUCGUAAGCCAUAUAUGUUAACAGGUAUAAAUAGACCUGUAAAAGAGCCAGGUAUAAUUUUUUAGCCUGGACUCCUCAAAUUUAAUUCGGCUUCUUUUCAGGUCUAAGUAUAACCUCCCCCCCCGCAUUCUGGCAAAAACGCAUCAUUAUAUUAUACUAAACCCUUUCAGGAUGCACCCAAAUAGCAACAGCUCGUAUCUACAACACUUUGAUGCAAAGACUAGAGUACAAUCGCUACUUUGUUCAAGGUGGAGACUGGGCAUCGACUAUAGUCGGUCUACUGUCUCGUAUCUUCCCAGAGCGUGUGAUCGGCUGUCAUUUGAAUAUGUUAACAUCAACAAGCAAAUCCUUCUUCUUCAAAGCCAUUUUGGGUACUAUUGCACCUCAACUCAACUUUUCGGAUUCUGAAUUCCAUAAAUAUACCAUUAAGAACAUGAUAACGUUGUUCUUCAAGAGUGGCGGCUACUUUUUGUUACAGAGUAACACCCCUGAUACUAUUGGUGAGUUUAUUGUCCCUUUUUCCCUAUAAAACACUCUCCUUUCAUCAAACUUUACCCCACACUCCCCACAUCCUACUCAAAAAAACCUUUAUUGAACCAUAUUCUUAUAUAUAGGUAUUGCCCUGAACGACUCCCCAUUAGCCCUGAUGGCCUGGAUAUUGGAAAAAUUCGUUGGAGGUACCAAUUUAGAAUGGCAAAAGAGUGCAGAUGGUAAUUUGGAAAAGAAGUACAAGAUGCACGAUCUCAUAACGAAUCUGAUGAUCUACUGGGUCAACGGUACUGGAGUCUCGACUUCGAGGUACUACAAGGAAAUGGCCGCUUCUCCUGAAACCAAAGCUCUUACCAAGUGAGUAAUCCAUAAAGCUGUAAAGGGUCUAGGCCUAAUGUUUCAGUCCGGCUCCAAUUAAAUAUGCUGCUGGCUGGGUCGAGUAGAUAUCUUGACUACUAGGCCCUAUCCCUAUUAUGUAUAGUAAUCAAAAGUUCUUAGGUACUCAUUCACAAAACCCAUACUUUUGACUAUGUUUUACUAAAAUGUCAAAAAGUCUUGUCGUUUUAAGGUUAGAAGAUAAGCAAAAUUGACGACAAAACUUUUUUUUGACAUAAAAGGUUUGAAAAUAGAUUAAUAUAGAUAGUAUGACAUAAAAGGUUUGAAAAUAGAUUAAUAUAGAUAGUAUAUGUCAUAGUAAUUAACUGUCAAAACCUAUAAAUGUUUUUUCCAGAGAAUACAUAACAGUACCAACUGGCUACGCGGCUUGUCUCAACGACCCUAUACCUGCUUUGCCCAAGGAAUUAGCAGCGAAAGUAGCCAAUAUCAAACACUACACGAUAUUACCUGACGUUGGUCACUUUGCUGCCUUUGAAGAGCCUUUAUUGAUGGCUAAAGAUGUGUUCAAAUUUGUUGCUACAUUGAUAUAA